AUGUCGUUAUCCAAGCAGGCGUCGUGCAGCGACUUUUACCUUGCAUGUCGAAAUGGAGACACUGAAACUGUUCGGACGUUUCUUCGUACACUCACGUCUGCUGAGAUUAAUCGUUUGGAACCGAAUGGCAGCACGGCAUUACAUGCGGCCACUUACAAUGGUCACACCGAGAUUGUUCGCCUAUUAUUAUUACAUCAGGCUAGUCGAUCAGUAAUUAAUGUUUACAAAAUGACGCCGUAUCAAGAAGCUUCUAAAAUUGAAAUCAAGCAAUUAUUUCGCUGUCCGUCAUCGACUCGUUUUCUAAGUAACGCCAGCGAAGCUCAUGAUUUGGAUUGGGUGUUUGUCACGGAGGAUAUAAUUAAAAAAGCCAUGAAAUAUCGUCAAAAGUUAGUUGACAUGAGUCAUAAUUAUGUAUAUUCAAUUGAAGUAAUAAUCGAGACUUACCUUCGAAGUUUUGCCCUGACACCUGCUAUGGCUACCGUCUUAACGUACUUCCGUCUGGCGAUUAUUGAGAAUGAUCCAACAUACAUUGUUCGUGCGUACACAGUCGAAUCAGACUUUUAUAAACGUUUGAACAAAGAUUUAGCAAAAACAACGGAAAAUAUUCUUAAUGUUAAUUUUGUUUCAUUUGAUGCUCCUUUUCUGCAUUAUUCGAAAGAAUACGGUAGAAUCGCGGGUAUCAUUGCACGCCAUCCAAAACUCAAAUACACGUUCAUAGGUAUCGUUCAUCGAGGGAUGCAAUGUUCUGAACAAGAUCUAAGAAACUAUGUGGUGGAUAAACGUGUAAUGACAAAAACAUUCAUAUCUACUUCUCAGUCAAGAGAUCUUGCAUAUGAGUUUGCUUUUGGUGGUAAAGCAAUACCAGUCAUAUGUAAGUACGAAAUAAUCAAUAAGGGAACAGCAAUGAACAUCGAGACAAUGUCAGAUCAUUCAUACGAACGAGAAGUACUCAUUAUACCUUACACGGUAUUUAGAAUAACAAAAUUUGCGUGGAAAACACAUGUAGAUGGGAAACAGAUGGCGGAAAUUGAAUUGUGUGAAUGUGAAAACGAACAUAAGAACAAUAUAUGUGUCAUACUAUAA